UUGAGAGUUAGUAAGGGUGUGGUUAUUCAAGGAAGUGAACAAUUCUUAUUGGACAUUGAUGAAUGGGCAACAUAUGCACCUAUGAAUGAACUGCUCUGCAAUGUACGGGGGUUAGUCUUAUGAGUACAAGGCUCUCCUCAAGAAAAGAAAUAUAGUUUAGUGUAUUCAGAGGAACGUGGUUAUAACUGUAAGGAUGGGAAGUUAUGCUAUUGGAAAUGAUGAUGAUGGCGUCCGUAAAGAAAAGAGAUCUAGAAGUUGGACACUCAAAACAACGAAAACAGAAUCGACUGAAAUCGUCUUCAUAAACAAGUUUUCUGAACCUCCUCCCCUGCAGCGUAUUACAUCAGUGUCGAUUGCAAUUGGGCUAUGGACGGCACCUGAUGUAAGGCAUGAAAUAACAUCUUCUUUCUUGUCUUCGUUCUCAAACUAUAGCAGAGAUACGGCUGAGUUGGAGAGAAGAAUAUUAAACAAAUUGUUCGAUAGCUCUUUGCCCUCAUCGCUGAAGACCGAAAUCUCAUACGUUAUUCGACCCAUUAAGUGGCAGUGGUUGAAAGCGCUUCGUAGUUUCUGUAGAUGGACAGGAUAUCAAAGAAAACUUUGUGAGUAUUGCAUGAAGCGUGGUACAAUUUAUUGGACAGUUGAGGGGACAGUAGACAUAGUGAAAUCCCUUACGGAACUAUUCGAUAAUGGAAGCUUAGAAAGCUUAGAUAUUUGCGAUUUGUAUGAGAUAGCCUGCUCUCACUGUUUAGGGGAAUAUGCUUCAAUUUUGUGGGAGAAAAUUCCAGAACAAUUUAGAAACAGCUUUAGAAUGCACAGUGAUGAUUUGAUAACAUAUUGGACAUGUGUCCUCGAGAAUAAUUUAGGGAGUUUUCUAACUAGACUCAAAGAUUACGAAAACAUAUACGAUGAUAAGUUUAGUAUUGAUGUAAAUAUGAUUGCUUGCUCUAUACGAAUUGGUAACAAAGUUGCCCUAAAGUAUUUUUGGAAGAAAUUGUCGGAACAGGAGAAAAACGAUCAUUUGAGUAAGUGGCUUUUGCAAGCUACUCGAUUUAUUGAUUUUCUAGAUCAUUCCCCAUAUCAGGAUUCUUCAGAAGCUUUAGAUGUUUUAUGUUUUUUAUUAUCUUAUGUCCAUCGUAUAACUCAAAUGAACGAAUUUUUUCGGAAUCAUUCUCGCGUAUUAGUGUUUUUGUUCGAAAGUUGGCCAUAUCAAAGAAUAUUCUUGUCCACUAUUUUUGAACUAUUGGAUAAUCUUCAAGAAGACAUUUAUUCAUCUAUAAUGCUGAAUAUUAGUUUUAAGAUGAGUAAAAUGGGAAAUGAAGUAAUGAUUCUGAAAGAAAUAUGGAGUGCCAGUCCAUUAAGACUAAGACAAUCAUUUCUAAAAAAUAAAUUUUUUUGCGUUGAAGUGUUGUUGCAGUUGCUGGAAUUAGAAAAUCUGAACAUGGCUGUUAGGAUGAUAAACGAUGCUUCCAAAGAAGAGAUUAAAGCAUUUAUUUGCUUUAUGUUUGGUCGGCCUGAAUUCAAUCGUGCUAUUUAUUCAAGCAAUCUAAGCAAUCUAAAUUCGCUUCACGUGUUAUUAUCAAAAUCUACCUUGCCAGCAGAAUGUUAUCCCCAUAAAACCAGUCUUAUAGAGCAAAUAGAGCGAGAUAGGCUGAUAUUAUCGUGGCUUAUUAGAUUUAGUGAUUGGCAUAUUUGUAUUGAGUGGAUAUGUGAUGGUAACAUCCAAGCAGCUGAGUCCUUCUUGAGAUGGGUAUAUCAAUCUGUGCGAGUUGAAACCUUUAAGAAAACAAUAUCAUCUCCACAUGUUAUCUAUUUGACAUUAAUAUUUUUGUCCAAUUAUGAGCAUGUGGACCAGUUUCUGAAUUGGUAUUUCCAGACGGGAGAGGAAAUUCAACAAUUUAAAGCAGACUUUUUGCGAGAAUUGGAUAAUUAUUUUUUCAAGCGAUUCAUAGACAUGCCGUUCAUUGUAUCAAAAAGAGAAGGCGAUGUGUUACAAAAAUUUAUAAACUACAACUUGUCUUCUCUUGAAAACGUUGCAGAAUUUCGACUUAUUUGUCGUAGUUGUAUAGAGUAUGCACUGAGUAAAAGUUUUCUAGAAAGUGCCACCUUACUUUUGAAUGCAUCUUUUGAUAAUAUCAAUGAAGUGAAGCAAUACAAAAAUGAACUUAUACUGUCUGAGAAAGGAAUUAAAAAGGAUCUAAUCUUAAAGCAAUCACUAACUGAUGCUGAGUGGAAUAACGAGAAAGAAAUCGUAAUGUGGUCCUCACCCCUGUCCCUAAAUACAGUCGCAGAAUUAAAGUCACGAAUUCUGGAGCAGAAGACUAGUCACUCUUUCAAAGAUGAAUUGAAUCUACAGAUUUCAGCUCUGUUGGAUUUACUGGAGAAUGUUGUUGAGAAGGACAGCAGAUGAUAGCUGAACAUAUUUUUGCGAUCAAAAAAGAAUGCAAAUAAAAUCAUAUUCUCUGUCAGAAGACAAAUCAUAUUCACUACGCAAUCACUGUCAAACGAUUAAUUGUCUUAUAAUAAAUAUGUAACUCCAUUUUUUAGUGCUAGUUGUUUAAUGGCAAUUAAACAAUAUCCGCUAUACAUUAUUUGCCACAACUUCAAUAACUAAUUUAUUUGCCACAACUUUAUUUUUUUAUUUUCGUUAUACCUGAAGGAAAAUCAGCAAAAUUACGUGAUUUAUUUUUCCUCACUAUUCCCAAAAAAUAGUCUCUAGGAAGAUAUAUAUACAGUCCCUGGCUAAUUAUUAGACGCACUAAAAGAUUCUAUAUAUAUAUAUAUAUAUAUAUAUAGGCUACGCUCUUUAAUACAAUGCUCCUCUCCGUAAUACAACAAACUUACAAUUAUAACGACCGAUACAUGAAGUCGCAUUUUCUCUUUGAAAUACAAGUAACAUUAUUUCUGCGAGAAUGAGACUAUGAGUAACAAAAGCGUGGAGGAAACAGGAAAUAGUCAAACUACUAUUACUUUUGACUUUACCACUCAAUAAACGUGAAACAACAUGAGUUCAAUAGGAAUAAAGAAAUAGUUUCGUACUUAAAGCACAUUUUGAGAGCAAUGUUUUUAUUUUCUGACGAAAUCUAUUUACCUAAAACCUAGGGUAAUGAAAUUUCGUAUCUCUCCUUUGAAUAAACGUGAAUCGUAUUCUUAAAAAGAUUUAAUGUUUUUUCCUGUUCCUAUCGAUAACUUGAUUUCUUCAUCAACAUUGGGUCCCGCAAUGGACUGAUCCUAAAGGCAUGGUUCACAGCAGAACAGUCAAGCAUCACUGGCCACGGUCAGUCAGCGGGAUCGUGACUACUUUGAUCGGUCUGUGUAGGGACUGAGGGUGCACGGUAUCAGUCAUCGUAAAACUGCUCUACCUCAAAUUCUCGACUUUUCAAGCAGGUCUUUUCAAGCUACCAUAGCAGCUCUCAAGCAAAGCCUUCCCUUUGGCACAGUAUCAAAAUUGUGAUGGCAUAUCUUCGGAUCAUCCUCAGGGAUGUUUCCCAAAUCGUCACCAAUAGCCCAUUGUGCAGUUCAAACGCAUCAACAUUGCUAAUUUCGCUUUCUAAAUCACUUAACUUAAUACUAAUCCUUUGUAAUUCUUUGACCCAAGGGCCGUAUGAAGCCUGCUCAAUAUCAGAACAAAUUUGUUUUAGACAUAAAGUUUCAAAUUUACAUCCAUAGCUUUUAUAAACAUCACUUAAUUCUACUGCACAUUGUGCAUAUUUUUUCCCCUUUCGAUUCAGUCAAAAAGUGGUUGCUUAAUCUCAAUUUGUCUUAAUGAUAAAUAAUUCCUAAAUCAUGCAAAUUUUCACUAAUAUUAAAGCUCAUGCUUCCAGUAUUAAUAGUAAAUCUAAUUAACAUUUCUUUCUUAUCAUUAUGUAUUCUAACAAUCAAAGUAUGAAUCAUUAUAUACGAGAGUUGUACUUAAUUAUUUAACGUACAUGUUGGCGCAUGCGCGCCAUUCCCUAGUGGAAGGAGAUUAAAUCAUCACUUCUCCUAUGAGACUCGAUAAACAUUAGAUGUGGAUAAAUAUCUCUUAAACCCUUUCGAAAUCCACAAUAUCUCCAGCUGUUGUUGUUGUUUAUAUUUAAUGUUGUUGUCAUUAAUAAAAAAACAAAAAGUGCAGCUGGUGGUCCGUCGUUAUUUACUAAAAUAUCAAGCGUGUUGGUUUUAGGCCGACAUUGUCUGGCACGUCGAGCACACGGAGCGCUCGAAUCAAACUACAACUAUGGAUACAAUAGCGAAACUAAAUAAAGCAAAAACUUCCUUGAAAGGAAAUAUUACUCGAAUACAAACCUUUGUCGAUAGUAUAUCUGAAGAUAUUCCUAUUAAUACCAUACUUGAAGUGAAAUUGAAAAAAGUCGAACAAUUACAAAGUAAGCUUGAUGAAUUGAGAGUGCAUUCUUUCGGUGUUGAAAAAAUAACUGAUCAAGAAUUAGAGGAAUUCGAAAAAGAAAUCGAACAAUGCGAAUCUCGUCUAGAAGAUUUGGAGGUAAGCCUCAAACUUAUAAUUGAUUCUAAAAAAGAAACUUUAUCAACUGUAAACGAUGUUAAACAAAGUAAUCAAACUGAAAAUAUAACUAACACAAAAAUUCCACCUAUUAUACUUCCAACAUUCCGGGGAAGAUAUGAACACUAUAGUACCUUUAAAAAUCAGUUUGAUGACUUGAUCACCUCUAAUGAUCGACUCACUCAGUCGCAAAAUCUUUAUUAUUUAAACUCAUGUCUCUCAAAUGAAGUAAAAGAAUUUGCUUCCACAUUUGACACAUUUUCUUCAUUAUAUGAAGCACUCGAUUCACGUUACGAUAAUAAAAGAUUAAUCGUUGAUGAUUCCAUCCUAAAUUUUAAAAAUAUAGAACGUGAAAAUGCAACAGAAAUUCGUGCAAUGAUAGAUUGCAUUCAAAAGAAUUUACGAGCUUUAAAAGUGUUAAAAUAUGAGCGAAACGAUUUAUUUGACAUUUUUCUUCAAAACAUAAUGCUUAACAAAUUAGAUAAAGAAACUCGAAAGAACUUCGAAUUAAUACAAAAAACCAAAGAAGUUCCGUCAUACGAACAAUUCAUUACAUUUUUAGAACAACGCGAAGCUGUUCUCUUAUCGGUAAAUCGAAAUUGUUAUUCAGAAACGAAAACAAUUAAGAAAACAACUAAUUUCCCAUUUAAAAACAAAACUGUUUUGAUGAAUGAAAAUAUAGAGAAUAAAAACUGUGUAAUUUGUUUGAAAGAAUCACAUCCUAUAUUUCGCUGUGAUAAAUUUUUGAAAUUAACACCGCAUAAAAGAUUUGAACUUGUUAAAUAUCAUAAACUAUGUGAAAUUUGUUUGAAAAAAAAUCAUAAAAAGUGGGAAUGUAAAUCGUCUUUUGUAUGUAAUUGUGGUCAACGCCAUUCGAAUACAUUAUGUUUCAGACGAGCUAUCGCUGAGAACAGAAAACAGCUGGCGUCAGAAAAUCAAAUCGAAGGAUCAGAAAUAAAAAAUGAAAAUAAAAGUUCUCUUCAUAAUGCGGUUUUAAGUAAUACUUCUAAUGAAAAUAAAAAGAAUGUUUUAUUAUCUACUGGAAAUAUUCUAUUGCAAAAAAGGGAUGGGUCAUUAAUUAAAUGUAGAGUUAUUUUCGAUUCGGCAUCAAAUGUUAAUAUAUUGAGUAAGAAAACGAGUGAAAUUCUUGGGAUUAAAUUAGAAAGAAUCCAAACAUUCGUGGCUGGACUUAAUACGACUAAACAAAAUCUGAAAGGAAAAUUGAGUACUAUCAUUUCAAAUAAAAGUGGUAGUUUUAAAGAACCGAUUGAAUUCCACAGAAGAACAGAUAAAAUUACGGGUCUAACUCCAAGUGUCAGCUUAGAUAUAUCGUAAACGAAAAUACCCGAGUUUUUCGAAUUAGCGGAUCCUUCAUUUUUUGAAGCGAAAGAAGUUCACGCUUUAUUAAAUGCUGAUGUUUUCUUUAGAAUAAUUAAGGAUAACGUUUAUAAAGUAAAUGAAGAUUUGUUGUUAAGAGAAACGGAAUUCGAAUGGAUCGCGAGUGGUCGACUCGAUGAGAUAAAAAUUAAUAAUGAAAAUGCGUGUCUUCUUCUCAAAAACGAUGAUUCUAUAGACGAUAUCUUAAAACGCUUUUUUGAACUUGAAUCUCUCGGCAUAAAAGAAGACCCUUGUCUUCGAGAAGAAGAUCAAGCCAUGAACAUUUUUGAACAAACUGUACAAUAUAAAGAUGGUCGAUAUAUAGUUGAACUACCAUUCCGUAAACACUGGAAAGAAUUAUCCAAUAACGUUUGCGUUGCAAAACAACGAUUUCUUAAUUUAUGGAGAAGAUUGCGAUUCGAUAAUGAACUAUAUUCUCAGUACCAAAAUAUCAUUCGGGACUAUUUGGAUCAAGGAAUAAUCGAAGAAGUAGAGAGUUCUGAAUCAAACAUUGAUAGACCCUUUUUCUAUUUACCACAUCAGGCCAUAAAAAAAGAAGGUCGCGUUACAACUUCAACUCGAAUAGUGUUUGACGCAGCAUCUCACCAGGUAGACGAACUUUUAUUGAAUGACUGUUUAUGGCCAGGUCCAAACCUUUACCCUAACCUUUUCGAUAUACUUAUUAAUUUUAGACUAAGCCGAGUGGCAAUUUCAUCAGAUAUUCGUCAGGCUUUUUUACAAAUUUGCAUUGCGGAUAAGCACAAGGAUACAGUACGAUUUCUGUGGACAGACAGUGAUCCUCGUUUAGACUCAAAACCAAAACUUCGAAUUUAUCGUUUCAAGAGAUUACUCUUUGGACUUAACACUAGCCCUUUCCAACUAGCAGCCACCAUCAAACA